UCUCCUCCCACAGGUCGCUAACAUAUCCGCGCCCCCAUCUAUCAGCGGCUAGUUUCACAUCAACAAUGACUGUCUUGGCGGAUUUCAGAGAAAAACUCGGCAGUAUUUCAAUAAAUAUCCUGAAGAUUUAUUGCGUUUAACUUGUUAUCUGUGCAGCGGAGCCGCAUUAACCACAGACAGCAGACGGUGCCAGUGGUGCAAGAUCAAGGCGAGAAAUCAGAAAACUAGGCACAUAGCUGUGAGAAGCCGUGGGUGUGUCUGCGAUGGCUGGUGGAAGGCGAGGGGCGAACCGUACCACUUAUUGCAGACCUCCACUAAGCAGUGAACCAGGCUCGGUCAGCAAUGGCAGCCACUCCACCAGCUCCCCAGUCACAGGGGUGCGAUCUCGCACAAGGAAUGGUUCGGGAACAUGCAUGUCCAGCCCCCCGCUGGCCGCGCAGACGAUGGUCCCUCUGAAGCACUGCAAGAUCCCUGAACUAUCCAUGGAUCGUAACGUGCUGUUCGAGCUCCAUCUUUUCUUCUGCCACCUCAUUGCCCUCUUUGUCCAUUAUGUAAACAUCUACAAGACUGUGUGGUGGUACCCACCAUCACACCCCCCCUCACACACCUCUCUGAACUUUCACCUCAUUGAUUAUAACAUGCUGGUGUUCACAAUCAUCAUACUGGCAAGGAGGUUAAUUGCAGCAAUUGUUAAGGAGGCCUCACAGAGUGGGAAACUGUCCUUCCCCCAUUCAAUCUUUCUCGUGAUGGCUCGAUUUGCCGUGCUGACGCUGACAGGCUGGAGCCUGUGCCGCUCCCUCAUUUACCUCUUUAGAACUUAUUCUGUCCUCAGCCUGCUCUUCCUCUGCUACCCAUUUGGGAUGUAUAUUCCAUUCUUCCGGCUGAGCUGCGACUUCCGGCGAGCAGGUCCGCUCUCCCCCAUCGCCAGCAUCGGCUCCAAGGAGGUGGGCAGCGUGGGCCGGGGCAGGGACUACUUGACGGUGCUGAAGGAGACGUGGAAGCAGCACACCAGCCAGUUGUACGGCGUCCAGCCCAUGCCAACCCAUGCCUGUUGCCUCUCCCCGGACCUCAUCCGCAAGGAGGUAGAGUACCUGAAGAUGGACUUCAACUGGAGGAUGAAGGAGGUGCUGGUCAGCUCUAUGCUCAGUGCUUACUAUGUGGCCUUUGUACCUGUCUGGUUUGUCAAGAGUACGCAGUAUGUGGACAAGCGCUGGUCCUGUGAGCUGUUCAUCCUGGUGUCAGUCAGCACGUCAGUGAUCCUCAUGAGGCAUUUGUUGCCACCUCGAUACUGUGACCUGCUCCACAAAGCUGCAGCUCAUCUGGGCUGCUGGCAGAAAGUGGACCCCUCACUCUGCUCCAAUGUUCUUCAGCACAUAUGGACUGAAGAGUACAUGUGGCCUCAGGGAGUCCUGGUAAAGCAUAAUAAGAACGUCUACAAGGCGAUGGGUCACUACAAUGUUGCAGUCCCAUCAGAUGUGUCCCAUUAUCGCUUCUAUUUCUUCUUCAACAAGCCUUUACGAAUAUUGAACAUACUCAUCAUCCUUGAAGGUGCCAUGAUAUUCUACCAGCUCUACUCGUUGAUAUGUUCAGAAAAGUGGCAUCAGACGAUAUCACUGGCUCUGAUCCUCUUCAGCAACUACUACGCCUUCUUCAAGCUCCUCAGAGACAGAAUAGUGCUUGGAAAAGCGUACUCGUACUCAAACAGCUCAUCAGACCAGAAAGUCAGCUAGACUUAAGUUAUCAUCGGUCGCAUUCAGUUUGGAACAACACAAACAUGCCUAAGAGCUCUGUAUUUUUUCUAAAAACUGCAUUUUGUGUCACGUUUUUGUUCUGAUCUGCCAUAAUAAAAAGACAUAUUUUUGUAUUACUUUAAA